AUGUAUCGCCAGGUCUUAAUCGAACCCCAGCAACACCUUCAAAGAAUUGUCUGGCGCGAAAGCUCAGACACUGAGUUAUCUCACUUUCAAUUGAAUACCAUCACGUAUGGCAAAGCUAGCGCCUCGUUCUUGGCAACUCGUUGCCUGAAGCAAAUAUCGCUGGACAAACGUUCUGAAUACCCUAUUGAAAGUGAAAUCAUAGAAAAGGACUGUUAUGUCGAUGACGUCAUAACCGGAAGUGCCUCAUCAGAAGGAUAUUUCUGUAUUUUUAUUUGCCUGUCCACCAAGGCCGUCCAUGUAGAGUUAGCUACAGAACUAACAACUCAGGCUUUUAUUGCCGCCUUCAAGCGGUUUGUGGCUCGGCGUGGGGUUUGUGAAUCCCUAUUUUCUGACAACGGUUCGAAUUUUGUGGGAGCCAACAACGAGUUUAACGCAAUAAAUAAUGUUUUACGCGACAGCAAGUUUCAAAGGUUUUUGGAAACAACCAAUAUGAAGUGGCAUUUCAUACCAUCUCGAUCACCUCACUUCGGAGGUGUGUGGGAGGCGGCGGUGAAGUCUUUUAAGCAGCACCUGAAGCGCGUUGUAAACAAUAAUCCUUUAACUUAUGAGGAACUUUAUACCCUGGUGGUUCGAAUUGAAGCGGUUUUGAAUUCGAGGUCGUUGGUUCAAAUGUCGAACGAUCCACACGAUUUUGAUAGUCUGACGCCAGGACAUUUCUUAAUCGGACGCCCUUUGAAUGCCCUGCCUGAAUCAGAUUUAAGGGAAGUUCCUGUAAAUCGUUCCUAG